AAAAGAAGAAGAGAGAACACGCGGAACAUUAAAAGAGAAGAACUAAAAUCAUUAAAUUAAAAUGCAUCAUUUACAAAUUCAGCAAUCAAAGGAAGAGUUAUUACAGCUAUUGAGAGCCAACGAAGUGCAUUUUGACGUCGGGGCUACCAUACACCAAUUGCGCAUUGCGGCAAACACUUUGUUCAAAAUGAGCGUCAAGCAUGAGGCUGGCCCGGAUGAAGAACAUGGUCAGGCAGCUGCAAACAACAUUGUGUUGCAAGAUCGGGCUGUUGGCGGCAGCAUGGUUUCGCGGCACCAGACAAGCAAAAUCGUGUCUCAAGAUCAAGCUGCGGGAGGCGACACCGACGUACAAGACAAGAUAGCCAAUGCAGAACCUCUUGCGCAGCACGUUGCUCAGAUUGGACUGGAUAAGCGCACGUUUCGAGAGGAUCUGGCUGAUGUUUGUCAGGGAGUAGCGGGACUUCAAACAACGCUUCGCGACAUGGAACGGAACCAAGUUGGUACAAAAAUGGCCGCAAAUUUUUCACGGGUUGAUAACGCAGAUAUAAUGGCGGUAGUAGAGCCCUUUUCGGGAGAGGAUGGCAUUUCUGUCAAAAUAUGGAUUGAAAAGUUUGAAACUGCAUGUGCAGUGUUGGGAGUACCACUCAAUCGUUAUUGGUUGCGAGGCGUCUUUUUAUUGGACCAGCAAAAAGUUCCUUCGCUUAUCAAGGUGCUGCUGAUUGGGAUGCUUUGCGAACUCAGAUGAUGAAUGUUUUUGGACGUAAAAACACAAAACUGGAGAUAUGUGAGCAGCUCAGACGCAGUAUUGCACAUCAAGCUGAGUUGGAAGAUCGUGAUUUAAUUAAGCACAUUGUUGACGGA